AUGUGGCGCUACCUCGGCAACGAGGAUGAGGAAGAGGAGGAGGAGGAGGAGGAGCGGCACUCUCCUCCCUCUGUGCGCAUCAUCCACUCUGGCCACGCGUGUAACAUCGAGGAGGAGCGCUACACAGAGAGGGUGUACACCAUCCGCGAGGGGGAGACCCUGGAGCUCACCUGCCUGGUCACAGGACACCCCAGGCCCCAGAUCCGAUGGACUAAGACAGCGGGCAGUGCCUCGGACCGUUUCCAGGACUCCAGCGUGUUCAACGAGACCCUGCGGAUCAGCCGCAUCCAGCGGCACCAGGGCGGCCGCUACUACUGCAAGGCCGAGAAUGGCCUGGGCUCGCCGGCCAUCAAGUCCAUCCGAGUGGACGUUUACUAUUUGGACGACCCCGUGGUGACGGUUCACCAGAGCGUGGGCGAGGCCAAGGAGCAGUUCUACUACGAGCGGACCGUGUUCCUCCGCUGCACGGCCAACUCGAACCCGCCCGUGCGCUACAGCUGGAGGCGAGGCCGGGAGUACCUCUCGCAGGGCUCCGACAAGGGCGUGGAGAUCUACGAGCCCUUCUUUACCCAGGGGGAGACGAAGAUCUUGAAGCUGAAGAACCUCCGACCUCAGGACUAUGCCAACUACACGUGCAUCGCGUCCGUCCGCAACGUCUGCGGCAUCCCCGAUAAGAACAUCAUGUUCCGGCUCACCAACAAAACAGCCUCGCCCAACAUUAAGCUACUGGUGGAGGACCCCAUCAUCGCCAACCCGGGGGACAGCGUCACCCUGGUGUGCAUCACCUCCGGCGGGGAGCCCUCCCCCACCCUCACCUGGGUGCGCAACGCCGAGGGCCUCCCCAAGAAGAGCGUCCUGAACGGGGGCACCCUCACGCUGCCCGGCAUCACCACCGACGAGGCGGGCGUCUACAGCUGCGUGGCCAGCAACAACGUGGGCAACCCCGCCAAGAAGUCCACUAACAUCAUCGUCCGAGCCUUGAAAAAGGGUCGGUUCUGGAUCACGCCGGACCCCUACCACAACGACGACAACAUCCAGAUCGGCCGCGAGGUGAAGAUCUCGUGCCAGGUGGAGGCGACGCCGCCCGACGAGCUGCAGUUCAGCUGGCUGAAGAACGGCCGCCCGCUACGCAGCUCCGAGCGCAUGGUCAUCACGCAGACCGACCCGGACGUGGCGCCCGGCACCACCAACCUGGACAUCAUCGACCUCAAGUUCACCGACUUCGGCACGUACACCUGCAUGGCGUCGCUGAGGAACGGAGGCAUCCCGGAGAUCAGCAUCGACGUCAACAUCUCCUCCACCACAGUUCCCCCCAACCUGACGGUCCCGCGGGGGAAGUCUCCGCUGGUGACGCAGGAGGGGGACACGGUGGAGCUGCAGUGCCUGGUGUCGGGCAAGCCCAAGCCCAUCAUCCUGUGGUCGCGCGCCGACAAGGAGGCGCCCAUGCCCGACGGCAGCCUGCAGGUGGAGAGCUACGACGGCGUGCUGCGCGUGGUCAACGUGUCGCGCGAGAUGAGCGGCCAGUACCGCUGCCAGACCAGCCAGUACAACGGCUUCAACGUCAAGCCCAGGGAGGCCAUCGUGGAGCUCAUCGUGCAAUACCCUCCGGCGGUGGAGCCCACCUACACGGAGAUCCGGCAGGGCCUGGGCCGCGCCUUCACGCUGACGUGCCGCGUGCUGCGGGCGCACCCGUCCCGCGUGCUCAAGUACGAGUGGAAGCUGGGCACGCGCCUGCUCACCGUGGGCGACUUCGCCCAGCGCGACGAGACCGAGUACCACGUGCGCGCGCUCAACCGCGAGGGCUACGGCGAGUACACCUGCGACAUCACCAACGAGGCCGGGGCCGGGCGAUGCACCUUCCUGGUCACAGGUAAGGCCUUUCAGCCGGAGUUCUACCACGACACCUACGGGGCGCUUUGGCAGAACAGGCCGCGGGUGUAUGGCUUCAAGCUCCAGUGGACCCAAAUGAACCCGGGCUCAGUGGACCGCAUCAAGGCCUACAGACUGGGAAUCAAGCAGACUGGACAGCAGCGUUGGUGGGAGCAGGAGAUCCAGCAGGAGGGCAACAUUGAGAGGGGCCAGCUCAUCACCUACAACCUGACCGAGCUCAUCAAGCCCGAGGCCUACCAGGUGCGCCUCACCCCCAUCACUCGCUUCGGAGAGGGCGACUCCGCCGAGAGGAUCAUCCGCUACAGCGCUCCUGUCAACCCCCACUGGAACAAGUUCCACUGCAGCUUCGAGGAGGAGGCCAUCUGCAUGUUCACUCAGGACAAGACGGAGGAGUUCGACUGGACCCGGCACAGUGCGGCCACGCGGGACACCAAGUACACCCCCAACACCGGGCCCAGCAGUGACCGCAGCGGCUCCAAACAAGGUUUUUACAUGUACAUCGAGACGUCUCGUCCGAGGGUCGCCGGGGACAAAGCGCGUCUGCUGAGCCCCUCGUUCAGCGUGGCCCCCAAGAACCCGUACGGGACGGUCAGCACCAACCCCACCUACUGCUUCAGCUUCUACUACCACAUGUAUGGCAAGCAUAUAGGAUCUCUGAUUGUGUACCUGCGACAGAAGGGACAGACAGGGCCCGAUGCGUCUGUGUGGACCCUCAACGGUAACCAGGGCGAACGCUGGAGGCAAGCGCGGGUCAACAUCCACCCAAAGACGGCCUUCCAGGUUAUAAUAGAGGGUAUCCGUGGCAAUGGCAUCGAAGGAGACAUUGCCAUAGACGACGUGGCCAUUGAAGAGGGAGAAUGUCGAGACCCUCCCCCCAAUAGCAAUCUGAGGUCCUCCGCCUCGCCCACCAACAGGCAUAUAUGGCAGUCUUGUGUCGCCCUGCUCCUCGUGGUGAUGGGACAUCGAAGGUGACCUUCCGGAGGCGAGGACGCGCUCCUGGCUCAGCCGCCGCCGAGGCGAGGGAGGGAGGGAGAG